AUGCCCACCCAUUACAUUCUAUGCCGUAUUAUUCUGCAAGCUAUGCUCUCAAAAAAAAAUAGACAAGCGGGUGAUUUAACGACAAAGACAAGUGCUGAGAUGUGCGUCAAACAGGUGACAUUGGAUCUCGAGAAGACCAGCACGCAUUGCAAUUGCAAACAACCUUGCAGUGAGACGAAGUAUAGUUAUACAGUUGCUUCCAGUGAACUAAAUGAAGAAUUUUACAGGACAGCGAAAGCUAUUCGAACGUUAAGGAUUGAUCCGAAUGGGAAGUUAAAAUAUAUAGAAGCAACAGACCAAAAAUCCAUGGUUGGAGUCAAAGUGUAUUACAAUACUUUCCAGGUCACCAUGUACAAAGAAGUUAAAUCCUACAGUUGGGAAACCUUGAUUGCGAAUAUUGGAGGAAACUUGGGAUUCUUCAUGGGUCUUACUCUCGUCACUUUCUUCGAGGUAUUCGAGUUUCUUUGGGAUUUCUUCUUGACUGCAUUCAAAAGACCGAAAAAUAAUAAAGUACAUAUCCUGCAGCACACAAGGCAGCGGAAAAAUUUCUGCAUUUGUUCUAACGAUUCAACACGAAACUGGAUACUAAAAAGAAGAAAAUCUGUUUAAAGACAACCGAAUUUUCAAUUGAUGUCAUAAAAACAAGUCACAGUUUCAUUUAAAACAUGUCUAAAGAAUGAGCUUUCUUGGGCUUACUAAGUUCUAUUAAUACUAACAGUCUCAGAGAAAUAAAUAUCAAAUUAUAUAUAGAUUUUUGAAACUUUUCUGUAAAUAAAUAAUAAGUUUUCAUUGCACUCUUGUCAUGUUUGCGAUAUGUUAACAUUUGGAGGAAAACUAUACAACCUAAUUUUUGAGAAGUUA